AUGGCCGCACCAAAGGGAUUAGCUUCCCGUAAUCGUGUUCUGGCGCUUGCUGGAAUACUGUUUUCUUUACUAUUCUUGCUUCAUUUCCUCUUUCCCGGAUCGAACAAGCUUUUGGCACAUACACAACGAUGGACAACAGCAUCUUCUUCUGUGAUUCGAUCGAAAUUCCUUCGAGCGAAAGCUCAAGCACCCAGACCACCUAUACAUCACCCUAUACCCAAGUUGAUGGUAGAUGCGAAAGAAGAGUUUGAAGAAAAAGUAAGGAGACAAUCUAAAACUUUACCUGAAGCAUCAGCAGAAUAUCGUAAAAGAUACAAUAUGGAUCCACCCAAAGGAUUCGAUGAAUGGUUUGAAUUUGCUAAGAAACACAGCUCAGUCAUGAUCGACGAAUAUGAUCAAUUGAUCAGAGAUUUAAAACCUUUUUGGUUAUUCUCAGGUGAAGAAUUAAGAAGAAGAUGUAUUCAAGUUGGUUUUUUACCUUCAGUUGAUUUAGUAAGAAUUGAAAAAGGUCAAACUAGAACGAUAGAUGUAUCGAAAGGGUUCGAUGAUUCAGAAGUAGGUGCAAGAGCAAAAGGUUUUAGAGUCAUGUUGGAGAAAUUUCAAGAUAAAUUACCUGAUAUGGAUUUUCCAAUUAACGAGAAAGCAGAAGGAAGAAUCUUGGUUCCUUGGGAAGAAAACUUGUUCAGUAAUCUCACCGCUGACAGUUCUUUGGGUAUCGAACAUGUGUUAGGAGGGGAAUUUAUUCCCGAUUGGAGAGGGGAUGGAAAUGUCUGGGAAGCUUAUAGACGAACAUGUGAACCUUCAUCACAAGCUAGAAGAUUGUUCGGUUCAUUGAGAUCACAUUUGAAAGAAGGUCAAGCGCCAAUAUCAAGAUUAGCCAAUGCAGGAUUAACGACUGAAACCGUUUCAGAAGAUUUCCAUUUCCCUGCUGGAGUAGAUGAUAAAUUCGAUUUCUGCGCACAUCCAUGGGCACAUUACAAUCAAGGUCAUUUCUUCUCUGAUUGGAGAACAAUCCAUGCUUUAUAUCCAAUGUUUUCACCUGCAAAAGGUGUUGGUUAUUCAGAUAUUCUUAUUCCAAGUCAUUACUAUUUCUCUUCAACCAAGAGAUAUACAUACGGUUGGGAUCCUGUAAAUAUGGUCAUUAAAGAUGUGGAUGAGAUGGAAACUCCAUGGGAAGAAAAAUCAGAUGAUAUCUUCUGGAGAGGUGCUACUACUGGCGGUGGAAGUAGUCCUCCAGGUUUCUUAGCUCAAUAUCAAAGACAUCGAUUCAUCAAGAUGACAUCCGACUCAUCAGACGUAAAUAAAACAGUCGUUUUCGCCGACCCACCAGGAACAAACAAUUUCGUUUCAGCUCAAGUACCCAUCGGACAACUAAACGAUGACAUGAUGGAUGUCGCUUUCACAAAAGCUGUAGGAUGUACAAGUUACCCAGGUGGAUGUGAUGGUAUGAGAAAAGAUCAUAGGUUCGCAGACGCUGUACCUUUAGGCGAAAAUUGGAGGCAUAAAUAUCUCAUCGAUGUGGAUGGUAUGGGUUAUUCAGCGAGAUUAUUCGCUUUACUUAAAUCUGAAAGUGCCGUGUUGAAAUCUACUGUUUACACCGAAUUCAUGUCUGAAUGGUUACAACCUUGGCUCCAUUACAUCCCUAUAUCUCAAUUAUACCAAGAACUGUACAACGUCCACGCAUAUUUCUCAGGUCCUUCAGAAGCGAUGUUGGAAGCAUCGAAUUCCACUAGGGGAAACUUCCAAGCACCAGGAUUGGCAACGAGGAAGUUGGAUGGUGAUGCAGAGCUAAGAAAGAUUGCCAAAGCAGGCAGAGAUUGGAUGUUCACUGUUGGCAGAAAAAUUGAUAUGGAAAUCUACGUGUACAGAUUGUGUCUCGAAUGGGGUAGGUUGACUGCUGAUGAUAGAGAAGCUAUGAACUAUAAAGGAUAA